UCAGAAAGGAAAUUGGACAAAAAAAUUGUAAAGACCUUAAGAAAUACAUGUUAGAUAAUAACUUGAUGGUGCCUGUGUGGGCCCCACCCCUACCUGGUGACCACCCAACAAUGGUGUGCCUGAUUCAAGGUACUCCCACAACUACUUAAAGUUAGUGCACACCAUUUAUUAACCUGUUACGAGACCACAGUCAGCCAAACCAGCACCAUCGAGAGGAGCUACUACUUCGUAAGUAACUCCAAUACUCUAUCGAAACGUAUAACUUUCAAUGAAGAAAAUUUUUAUGACUACAAUUAGCUUUGCAAAGGAGCUGCUUUACUCUUCUAAAUGCUUGGAAGUAUAUAAACAUAUGCUAUGUAGUAAUUUUUUAUCCACUUCCUUAUUUUAAAUUUUCAACAUAGACAUUAAAAAUACUAUUAUGUUUAAAUAUAGAUUAUUUUAAGUAUUUUAAUUGCGUUUACGCUUAACAGCAAAUUUAGUGUUCUAAUAAUAUACAUUUUGGAUACCUAAGGAAAUAUACGGUGUGUUCAUGCCUGAUUGUGAUUCGUCUGAUAGAAGAAAGACUAAGAGAACGAACUUUCGCUUCAGAUGAUGGUCACCAUGGGGGUCAAAAUGUUUUGGACACUGGCUCUUUUCGUUUUUAGCUGCUCAUCACAAUCUCAAGGUAACACGUGAUCGAGUCAUUAGUGAUUUCAAAAAUAGGAUGAUCGUCAUCAAACAAAGAAGUCAUACAUUUUAAUUGAAGAAAUUGCGUCAUUAAAUAACGAAGUCAUACAUUUUAAUUGAAGAAAUUACGUCAUGAAAUAACGAAGUCAUAUAUUUUAAUUCAAGUAAUGACGUCAUCAAAUAAGGAAGUCAUAACGUUUCAUGUUCAUCUACGAAAAACGAAAUUAUAAAUUUUCAUUUACGAAAUGGCAUGCCUUCAAUAAUUUAAAUUUCUAGAAUCAAGAAAUUGCGACAUUCUUUAACUUUCAUUGUUAUAUUUAAUUUUAAAAAGACACCAAUCAUUUAGUAGGACAAUUCCAAGUUAGGGUUAGGGCUGGAGUUUCAUUUCUAUAGUACUAUAAUUAUGUUAAAUAAGAUACAUUCUUAUAAGACAAUAAACGUGUGAAUACCGUAUCGGAUCUGGACAUUAUCACAACAUAUUCAAUUUCCAUUUCAAGUGAAAUCUACUAUCCCAUAACACUUUCUAUUUUCUUUGACAUAUUAAUCAUUGUGGGCUUUAAGCAGUAUUAAUAUUAAUUAUUUUAGAUCGAAUUCAUCAGAGGAUUUUGAAAACCACUCAGCAGUCGUAAAAGAAAACACGAAUAUUCAAAAAAUUUCUUAAAACUAACAAAAGGAGGAUGAAUUGUUUCAUUUUUUUUUUUUAAAGUACUCACGGUAACAUUUGUUAAUUGUCAGACGGCUCGCCUUCUUUAAAAAGAUCAACUAUGAUUGCGGAAAAAACACACAAUUUAUUUUACCAGUCCAGUUACAUUAGGCUGUUGGGUUAUUUUGUUUUAAUCUUUUUAUUUGAUUUAACAAAAAUUAUUGUGACUUUAAAAAAUACACAGUUGCAUUUACCAGAGAAAAGAUAACACGUCUUUAUCUUGGAGAUGUACAGAAAUCGGGCUCAACAGUGGCAGGUCGUGUUGUCAUUCAAAUCAACAAUGAAGGCGUUGACGGUGCCAUAUGUGGGACAUGGACCAGAGGAGAGGCCGUUACUGCAUGCAGGAUGUUGGGUUACAAGUCAGUAGACACAUAUCUAUUUGUAUUUAUGUUUACAUAUUCCUAUGUCUUUUAAAUUUAUGUUUAUAUAUUUAUAUAUUUUGAAAUAGUAUAAUUUGAGACAAUGAUUUUCAGUACCUAUGACUAUCAUUGCUGUAAAACUAUUUAAAUAAUUGUUCAAUCAAAUUGGAUUGAAGUGAAUAAGCUACAGUUUUCAUUCUUCUACAAUUCGUUAUCAAGAGUUUCUGAUGCACUUCUUCUUCUUAUAUUAGAGGGGCCCACGAUCAAUUUGUUGAUCAUUCUGGCUCCUGGUUUAAAUUCAGAGGUUGCCUUCUCUUAGAUGGGUUGCCGUCCAAGGCUUACGGGUCCCAUCCACCCGGGGUGCUGGGAUUGAACUCCAGACCACCAAAUCUUUGGUUUGAAACAGUUUAGACCGCUCGGCCACCAACCACUUUACCUAUGUUUGAAGUUUCUUUAUUCUAAGAUAUUCGUUUGAUAAUUAGAUACAUAUCUAUUGCACUAGAAAUUGUUAGCUUAAAAAUUAAGUCAUUGUACAUCAAAUAUUUCUUACCGGUCAUCAUACUUUAAAAUUAACCUCAAUUCACACUUUAGGAAUUUGCUUAGAGUAUUCUAAUAAGAAAUUUUUACAAACUUCAUAUAAUGGUAUGUAUUUUUACUCUCUUUACAUGAGCUUGCUCAAAGCUCACUGUUCAUAAUUAUCCCUUAUUACUCGAGUCUUGUAAUAAUUACUUAAUACUCGAGACUUCUAAUUGUUACUUAAUACACUAAUCUUUUAAUUACCACCUUUUUCAUUUAGUGAUGGCAACAACAUACCAUUGAACGCUGCGUUCUUACAUGACAAUCAUAAUUUUCUCAUAAGUAACCUGAGAUGUACUGGUCAUGAGACAUCACUCUCAGAUUGUCUUAGGGAUCCAAUUGUUAACUGCCCGUACGACGUAAGUUUUAACAGGGUUUCGGAUGAUCUCACUAGAGUAGCUUUGGUACCAAACACAUCUUCCUCAGCCGGAUAUCACUAGAUUCGUUUUGCACUUCUCCUCAAAGGGAACUCAAUUGAUCAGCUUUUGCGCCACACAAAUCUUUUGCACAAAACAAAUCUAAAAAAGGUAAAAUAUAACAUAUGAUGAUUUUUGUAAUGCCUUGACUAGUAUGUUUCUUGAGACGCUUUGGAUUAGAGAAUAUAUCACAAUUGAAUUUAAGUGGUAUAAAUACACCCACAUUUUAUUGCUGUUUAUUGUGAAUAAAAUUGAACUAUUUCCCAAAGUCAAAGCUGUUCUUCAGUGGGGAAAGCCGUGCCCCAUUACAAUUACAGAUGUAUAGGGCUUUAUACUCGUAAAGGUCAAAGUCAAAAAGACUUUUAGUGACGCGAAAAUUAGCUUUAAAAGACAUGAUAGAUAGCUCACCCGCUGCCAGAUGUCGUACAUACGGAGACAGAACGCCAACUCUUUGACAGGUAUACUGAACAUCUAAAGUCAUAACACGCCAAGAUAAACAGUGUCCAGUCUCUAAACACUUCAAUAGUAGCGACCACCAGGGCAAGGCGGACUUUUUAAUGUGAGCGAUCUUUGCACGCGUGAACGCAUCCAGCCGGGUCAAGUGGAACGCAUGCUUAUCCUGACGUAUCGCACUUUGACAUCACAUGGCAUUAACGUCAUGUCGCCAUUCACAGCUUAAGCCUAGCACCACCCCUUCAAGUCACGACCUACCGAAGUGCGCAAACUUCUCCUCUUUUCUUUCCAUCUUCCCUAUUUAAUCCUCAUCCACUUUUUUUCGGUCACAACUCUUUGGCUACCUUCUCAGACACUACUUCUCAGCUAAGUGCUAUAUUUUUAAAAAAAAAAAAUGUACAUUUUAUUCUGUUUUUUCUGUGUUUUUUAUUCGCUGACUAAGGCUUCCUGCGGACACUUUCGUUGUUUUGUUGCGUUCUUUUUUCACGUAUAGCCAUUUUUUACUAAUUUCCUCAAAAACACCAGCACAAAAAGAUUGAUAAUCUUCUGUUUUAAGCAAAUCUAAUUUUAUUUUUGUCCAACUUUCAGACUCAUAACGUUGUUGUGUCCUGCUCCAGUCCUGGACCAAACCCAGUCGAUGCAUACACCUCUGGCUUUGCUGUCCUGGCUAAUAGAGUGACACCAGCACCAUUGGCGAGUCACACAGAUAUUGCUGACUACACAAACUGCCCAACACGUAUGUUUUGUUAUCUUCGUUACUUACAUUUCUAUUAGACAUGCUAGGAGACAACAAGAAGGGGGGGGGCUAACGAAAAUGACCAGAUGCAGAGGAGAGUUAAGUGAUUUGUUUUUACGCCAUGCAGCAAUUGGAUGAUUCAAAUUUUCGGACAUCAAGUACAACGCUGGCAUGAAGUAAAAGUCCAUCUACUUGUCCUUGUCAUUUGAACAGGACAUAAAAAAACCUUUGUAUUAUCACUGUUACUCACAUUUUAAACAAAUAAAAUAAACAAGACUGAAACAGUCAAAGUUUUAAAAUACAAUCUGAAUAUGAGUUUUGUUUGAUCGAUGUUGAGAGUAUUUAAGGAAAAUAUAAUUCAAUGUGUCGGUGCUUCAACUGGUUUAAUAAAUCGUCAGUAUGACUAGUCAUACAUUAUUAAAGUAAUCUUUGGGUUCUUAAACAUUUAUAUAGGCUUUCUUUAUAAAAAUACAUUUGACUUAUAUAAGAGUUGGGAGUUUCUAUCUAACUUUAAAAAAAAAAAAAAUGCGUGAUUAAUUUAGCAUGACUAUUUGGACAACAAAAUGUUUUAGAAAUGCAGUUUUUAGACAUUCUAAAGUGAAUUCUAUGAAUAACUUAUUAUGUAACGAUAUAUUCUUUGUUUCUUUUAUUUAUUAAAACAGCCAAUCAAAACAUCAGGCUCCGCGGUGUUAUUGGGAGGCCAGGUAUGGGCUAUGUCCAGGUGAAUGUCAACGGUGACUGGCAGUACAUUUGUGAUGACAAGUGGAGCGAGAACGAUGCUAAAGUUGUCUGCAGGGAGCUUUGCUACAAGUAAUUAUUGCAUACUUUUAGUGUGUGUCAGAUACACGCAUAAAUUGACUGACGAUAUUCCAUAAACAAUUCUAUUUAAAGCUAAUUUACACAGAGUUGGCUUAAUGAAACAUAGCAAAUUUGCUAACCCAUUUCAGCAUUUUAAAAUAUAUGAUUGGAAUCAAAAUGUGAUACAUAUAAAUUUUAACAUGACGAAAUAUUGGGAUAUUGCUACACUUAUUCAUAUGAGAAUAAUUUUGAUUUUGCCGAAAAUUAUAAAGGUGUAUGGGGAUAUAUGGGUUAUGGAUUUGUGAGUUGACUAUUUGAGGGCAUUUGUAAAAUAGCUAAUAUAUGGCCUUAAAUAUCUGAUGUCUCUUCCUUUAAUUACUUCAUACCGAGAGAAACAUUAUUUUGUAUUCUGCAGUGAACCAACCUGUGCCCGUCCUGGAGUAGAGAACGAAUAUAAACCCGCCCUAGGUCAAUCGCCCGUCUUUGCAUGGAACAGGGUCCAGUGCACAGGAAUUGAGAACACCUUGGAUGCUUGCACCAAAGACAGCACCACACCACAAGGACAAUGUGGUCCAUAUGAGAUGGCUGGGGUACAGUGUGUUGUGCCCUUUGAGGCUUCUGCUGGUAAAUUUAAACAUAAUUUUAUUAAAGCUUUUAUUGCGUGUGGCGUAAGACAGGCGUGGCGGUCCUCUUCGGGUGGAACGUAUUUUUUAAAAACUUGAUGAGUGGCAAAGAGUUACAUAAAUUUGUUAAAACUCAAAAUGGCCGAGCAACGCAACAGUGACAUGGACUUCUUGAAUAAAUUAGAGGUUUUGAUGUCUGAUAAUGAGCUCACCGACCUUUAAAAAUUAUAAAGCUAAACUCAUUGCGUGUUGCUUUCAUUGACACAGCUAUGAACGCUCAACUUGAAUGUGGCAACUUAAACGGAGACCCCGUCCUCCACUUCCCACGUGACAACUUCCCUACCAUAAACGGAUUAUAAAGCUAAACUCAUUGCGUGUUGCUUUCAUUGACACAGCUAUGAACGCUCAACUUGAAUGUGGCAACUUAAACGGAGACCCCGUCCUCCACUUCCCACGUGACAACUUCCCUACCAUAAACGGCAACAGCCUCAGACUCGCCAACGCACCAGCGGGCUGCACCGCACGAGCUCAGAGAGACCAGCAGACUGGGAGUUAUAACCUGAGAAUCCCCACACAAGGUUGUGGUACAACCAAGUCUGUGAGUGUUUAGUUUUACUUGGUGAUCUUUAGUUUAGGCAUUUCUUACAUUGAAAAACAAACCAUUUGACAUGCGAUUUUUAUUAUCUGUAUAUCUUACUUUGUGGUGAAGGUGAUGCUCGAUUGAUAUAUAUUGGUUUUAAUGAUAUCACUUUAAACAUACUUUACAGUCUUAAAGGUUUUGAAAAAUAUGCUAAAUUUGUUUUAAGUAAAAUCAAGAAAAAAGGGACUCUAUUUGUUUUAUCUACAGGACAAUGGUUCACUAAUUUGCUACAGUAACACGGUGGAGUAUGACAAUGAAGUUUAUACAGGCAACGUUCUGUUGGACUACAAGAAGAAAACGUAAGUCGUUUGUUGGCUUAUAUAGGUCUAUUGCACACAUCUUUUACUAAGUGUUUGCACUCCUUAUUCAAUAUAUUUAUAUAGCUGGUGUUGACAGCCUAGUAACGUUACAGAUAUUAAAGAGAUGUGGUGCUGAUGAUAAAAAAAGAAAAAAAAAACUUCUUCUAUACAAGAGGUUACUGCCUGUCAUUAGCUAAGUAACAAGCUAAGAAACCAAGUAAUCAGUUCAGUAGCCAGCUAAGUAACCAGCUAAGUAAUCGCCAUGGUAAUAAGUAUUUAUUUAUUUAUUUAUUUAGGCAUUUUUAUAUAGCGCUUAUCAUAAAGCUCUAAGCGUUUUACAAUUAUUAAAACAUGUAAACUAAGUAAAUACAAAUGAGACACUAGGAUAGUAACUACUAUACUAUAGAAACAAUGAAAAUGGCUGUAAAACGAGGACACUUUGACACUUUGACACUUCAGGAUCAACCCGAAGCUAAAAAUAGAAAUCGAAUAUUAUCUAAAACGAAUGAAAUGAAUUUAUUUUCUAACUAAAAUUUAUUUUUCACUUUUAUAUGAUUUCGUAAAUUCCCCACCCCUCCCUGUUUUUAAUUUUAAUAAAUAAAAUAAUUGAAAAUGUAAUAUUAAAAUCUACAUUAACAUAGCUUGCUAAGUUCAGUUUGAUAUUUUCGUUGCUUUUUCUCAUUCAUAUAAACAUAUAAUUCAUAAAGUUUCACUUCACUUCAUUCAUAGUAAAUCAUUUCAUACCGAAUCUCUUUCACUGAAAGUUUCAACAUAAUAUUGUUAAACUACAAACCAACCAAACUUUAAUUCCUCCCACCUUAGCUUCUCAGUAAGCUGCUGUAUGCCAACUGAAAAGGACGUCAGCAUUAAGUUCAUCCCCAAGACCCAGGAGUACGCCCAGAGCAUGAGUCAAUACUUUGACUACACGGUAAACGUUCAAAGUUGUAAUAUGAAGUCUUUGAUUUGUUAGUCUACCAUACGUAUGAAUUAUGGCUUUAGUUUGCCAUUACCAUACGUAUAAACAUUGGAUUUAGACUUCCAAAAGACGUUUCAUUUAAAUCAGAUUUAAAUUUCCAAAAAAGAUUAUUCAGAGGAUAACAAUGUGCUGCAAAGUGUAAUACUAUUAAAGUUAUUUAAUCACUCAUGUCUUUGGUUAAUAUCCCUAAUUCAUACUAGUGGACUUUUUACGAAAUACAUUUUCAACGUAAUCGAGGUAAAAUUGUACAUUAAUUAAUUAAUGUUUAUUUUAAAUCUUAAGAAUUGAACAAAAUUCCGGUUAUGAUAGUUAAUUGUACAUUUGAUAAGAAAUACUGUUAGAUUCGAUGUCUAUUUAAUUGUUAUGCCCUGGACAGCUCAUUAUUUUCUAGCAGACAUCUUAAGGUAGAAACUAUGUCUUGGCAGCAUGGGCACCCGUAGAAAACUUUCUGGGGGGGGGGGAUCAAUUAACUUUCCAGGGUGGGGGGCAACAUUUUUUUAGUAAUGUUUUAAUGUAGUUUUAAUUUACUGUAGCGUAUUUGUAUGGUGAACGAACGGACAGGACAUCAGCUUAGUUAAUUUCUCUUUAUUUUCUCUUUACUUCAAUACAUUUUUUGUCUAUUUUUGUCAAAAAAAUUUUAAUCCAAUCAAUCAAGGGGGGGGGGCAAGUGCCCCCCUUGCCCCACAUGCGGGCGCCCAUGCUUGGCAGACAUCUUAAUAUAGUACCUAUUGCCAUAUUCUCCACAGCCGGAGAUCAGCUUCUACCAGAACGAGAGAUGCGAUAUAAAAAUCACUCAAGACCCUUACGCUGUGGAGGUCGGUGAUUGGGUGUACAUUGGUGUCAGUGUCAAGGCCGAGGACCAGUCCCUGUUUAGAGACAGCGAUCUGAAGCUGGUUGUCACACGUUGUACCGCCAACCCAAUCAAAGGCGUUCCUGAUAGCACCUUCCCUGAAAACGUGACACUGAUUGACAACAAGUAACCGAGGACCAGUCCCUGUUUAGAGACAGCGAUCUGAAGCUGGUUGUCACACGUUGUACCGCCAACCCAAUCAAAGGCGUUCCUGAUAGCACCUUCCCUGAAAACGUGACACUGAUUGACAACAAGUAAGUGGUUGUGGGAUAAAAUAAAUAAUUACGGAAGCCUUUAAGCAGAUUCACACUCAAAAAGACACAAUUAUACACAAUCUAUUUAUAAUUUAAAUUAAUAAAAUUCUUUACCAUUUCAAUCUAUCACAAAUUAUAGUCUCUUUUGUAAGGGAACAAUCCCUAAAACCAAUUUCUCAGGAAAAAUCUUAACAUAAAAAAAUUAAUAAAUAAAUAAUAAAGAAAGAAAUAAGUACCAACUGUUUUUUUUUUUCGGUUAUCACACAACUAAGCUGUUAUUGAACGAAUGAUACUUAAACGGAAGUAAGUAAAAAAAAAGUGUUUUCUUCAACAUAAAAAUUUCCUCACAGAUGUCUAUACUGAUAGUUGAUUCAGAAUAAUUUUUUUUUAGCUCAAAUUGCCCCACCGUGUCCAUUUAAUAACAUGUAAUUUGCGUAGCUAGGUUAACUCAGGGAUAUCACCGCUAACACGUGUGUCGUACCAUAAUUAUAAACAUUUACUAACAUUGGUAUUUCACUUCUCCAUCGCUUUAUUUGAACUAGAUGAACAAAUAUUGUGAUUUUAGGAAUUUCUAAAUGAAGGCCAUUUUGUAUACACUAUUUUUUAUAAUUAAAAGCUUUCUUAGAUUGAUUUAGGGAAUUUAUAAUUGUCAUACUGUUAACUGAACUUCUUUUCACUUUAAAUUCAGUUAUUGAACAUCGCACAUGACAAUCUCCAAAAAAAAAAAAAACAUCAACUCAUAUGUACUCACUAAACGAGACAAUCCUCCAACAAGUAUCCAAUAGUCACCCCAUAUAAAAUUUUUUUUUUAAAAAGCCAACUCUACUCUAGAUUUAAUCCGAAGAAAUCUGCGCCACUGCCCAACUUCCUGCAUACGAAAUGCCUAUAUCGCACUCGUCCAUACCCUCCUGGAAGAUGGUGCUAUCAUCUGGGACCCACACCUUAAGCCAGAUGUGGACAAUAUGGAGCGAAUUCAACAUAAUGCGGUGCGUUUUAUCGCUCGAGACUACAAAUCCACCACUCCUGGCUUCGUCACUGGCCUCUUUAAAAAAUCCACUCCUGGCUUCCUCACUGGCCUCUUUAAAAAAUUUGACACCCCCCCCCCCCCUUUAAAGACAGAAGAGUGGGACUCCGCCUGAUAUUCUUAUAUAAAAUAAUCAUGGGACUGGUGCCGGCCAUCCCAGGAGGCACGUACCUCGCCCACAGAAGCCGGGUAGACUGAUCAGAGCAAAACGCUCACUGAACACUGACUGCACCACUGACAUUCCCAUAAACAAUUACACCCGAAACAAUAGCAAAUGCUUCAAAGUGCCUCAGGGCAACACAGUGCAGUAUCAACAAUCUUUCUUCCCACGUACAAUAAUAGCAUGGAACCACCUGAACGAUGCCACUGUGAACUCGACAUCGGUCGAAAGCUUCAAGGCUGCCCGGGCAUCGACUAGGAGCUGUUAGAAUAGCAACAUCAUGUCCCUAAAACGUUGCAAAGAUGCCAGUACAUGGAUGCAGCAACGAAACAUUACCAGAACCAGACACUUGCCGUCAUUUAAACUCUUGAAAAAUUGUUCAUUAAUCUAUCUGACAUCCGCUUCAGUACAAUUCUCCAGGUUCUGUAAAUUUUCGCUAAUUUAUCAGAUAUCAGUUUCAGUAUAAGUCUCCAGGUUCCAAAAUUUAAGUUUUCUUGUUUAUUUUUAGCGAGUUGCAAACGUAAAUUGUUGUACGAAAAAUUGUUAGCAAAAUUUCACCAUACUUGUAAGAAGUAUUAUUAUUAUUAUUAUCAUUAUUAUUAUACGUGGUUUGAUAUAGUGCGGCACCCCAACCUAGGGCUGGGCUCACCACGCUGUACAUACAAUUUAACAAACAUAAUCAAAAAAACUUAAAAAAUAAUUAACAUACAUUAAUGAAAUAAAACAAAACAAAUGUAUAUUUAAAACUAUUUACAUGUCAAGCCAUGGACGACACUCAGGAGCAUCAUUUCACCAUUUCAUUAAGAAGUAUUAUUAGCACCAUUUCACCAAUAUUGUCUAAGAACUAUAAUAAGCAUCAUUUCACCGUUGCUCUUAAAAUUGUUUUUUUUUUUCCCAUUGUAGAUGUCCUGCAGAUAUUGCCAGUGUCACCACCUACCCGAUCAGCAACACCACUGAAGGUUUUCGAUUCAGGGCUUUCAAAUUCUUCGGUUACUCCUCUAUCUACGUCACAUGUCACCUUCGCGUCUGUUUAUCUACGGACACUAAGCCCCUGUGUGAUAGGUGAAAUCUGUACAACUUAUAUGUUAAUAAUUAUAUAGACAUAUAGUUUCAAAGAGAAAACAUGGAUAGCGAAAUUGUCGUUUUUUUUUAAAAUUAAAAGAUACCUCAUUAAUUUAACACACCUUAUUUACUUUAAUGUCGGGCUUCUCAUGUCAAGUUUUAUUUCAAAUGUUUGAUAUUUAACAACUAAACACAUUUUAAUGCCUUAUUUUAGAAAUAUGGUUACACACACCCCCCCCCCACACACACACAUUUUAGACUUACUGAUAACAUCUAUUUUAGUAAUUGAUACACAUUUCAUAUUGUUCAUAAAUCUGUGGAACUGUAUUUAAACAUAGUUCUGUUUCAUCGUUUCUCUCUCUCUCUCUCUCUCUCUAUCUAGAUCAUGCGCUCAAAAUAACAUCGGACGUAAGAGGCGUAACGUGGCUGAAGAAGUCACUGGACUGGACACAGUUGUCUCCCAAAUUUUACAGAUCACCGACCCCAAGCAGCCCCCAGUGAAAGCACUGCCUGCCCAGUCACACGAAGACAGACCCGUUGAAAGCAUCAACCCACGUUUCCUUAAGCCUUAAAAUUGUCAAGGCUGACCUAGUUAUUUAUAUCUCGUGUAUCUUGGAAUCCGCGAGUUCGGAGCAUAGUUAAUUUUGAGCAGAUCUGAAAGUUGUCACACGUUAAGAUAAGUCUAAUAUCUAUAUUAUUUCAAUUGUUAUAAAACAAACAAAAAAGACAAACAACUGAAGUUAUAUUUCAAGGCUGACACUUAUCCCAAUAACAAUAUUCGCUUUAAAAAACAAUUUUUAUGAUAUUUAAAAAAAAAAAAUUGAUUUGUAUGUUUUAUAGGAUUUUAAUCAAUUAAAAAAUAAAUAAACCUCAAAGUGAAAUGUAUACAUAUAUCUUUUAAAUCAUGACAACUGUAAUGUUACACAAUAUUUAUUAUACUAGCUAUUAUGCCCGACGUUGCCUGGGUGUGCAUUCGCAAAGAAACUUAAACAGCCACUUAGCUUAAAGUGAAUUGAGAGGUCUUAAAAUAUAUAUAUAUAUAUAUAAUUUUUCCUCAUUUAUUCAACUUUGGUAAACAUUUUGUUCCCCGACGGUGAUCCCGUUCCUCGAUGGAACCACAACUCCAUUGAGAUUUCAAUCCCGGUUGGAUCACCAUUCUAGACCUGCCCUGAAUGAUAUGGAUCUUAUUAAUUUAAAAAAACAAUCGCUAUACAGCCCGAGAAGGGUAUUGUUACCAAGCUAGGCCUACACCCAUCAAUGCACAAGGAGCCAAAAGUAUGGUCUAAGCCCAUUGGCAUUUAUGUAUCGAUUAUUGAUAUUUUGAAUUAAGUACCCUUAGAUUUUUUAAUUUAUAAAGAUGAUAAUGUGUAUGUGAACAAAGUUUUAUCAAGAUCCAUACAUUCAUGUACUAGUAUGUUUUACUAAUUUUAUUUAUAAAGCUGAUAUAAAAAACGAAUUUAAUCUUUCUCUCCAGAAUAAAUUUCCACGUUCUGACGGAAUUAUCUAUUUUGCGACUUUGUUACCCUCUACUAUGUUAUCUCAAAAUCAUCAUAACUUUUUUUAUCUUUUCAGAAAAUGUUACGUUUGGUGUGGAAUAAAAGGGGAAUGCAUGUUCUUGACAGGCAUUAAAGUAUUAGGUUUAAAUUUUAAUAUAUAAAUGUGAUUAUUAUAUAAGGAU